AUGAUUACUGUAACGGAGGGUGGCGGGUCAUCUGGUGACGGUGCUCUCAUGGGAUACGGUGGCGGACCAUCGGAUGACGGUGGUGCCUCAAGUGGUGGUGGCAGGUCGCCAGAUGAUGGCACUGCUUCAAGAGAUGGUGACGAGCCUCCAGAGAAUGGCGUUGUUUCAAGAGAUGUGAGCAGGUCGCCAGAGGAUGGAAAUGCUUCAAUAGAUGGUGGCGGGCCACCGGAGGAUGGCGUUGUUAGAGUGUUGGUUGCUUCCAACGAUGCCAUCUGGUGUAUCGGGCUAUGCGGUGGUUCUAAUGGCUCACCCUUCGUCUUCUUCGUCAUGCGUGGUUAG